AUGUCCAAGAAGAUCAUCACCGUGUUCGGCGCCACCGGUGUCCAGGGCGGCAGCGUCGUCUCCAUUUUCCUCAACGACCCAAAGCUCAGCAAGGACUGGCAAGUCCGCGGUGUCACCCGUGAUGCUAGCAAGGACUCGUCCAAGGCUCUGGCGGCCAAGGGCGUCGAGGUUGUCGCUGCCGACCUCGGUGACAAGUCUUCGCUCGCCGCCGCAGUUAAGGGUGCCUCUGCCGUCUUCGCCGUGACCAACUACUGGGAGACGCUUAACAAGGACCUUGAGAUCCAGCAGGGCAAGAACAUCGCCGACGCUGCUCUGGAGGCUGGCGUUGAGCACUUCAUCUUCAGCUCGCUCCUCGACAUCAACAAGCUGUCCAACGGCGUCCUUCCUGAGGUGUACCACUUCGACAGCAAGGCCGCUGUCGAGGAGUACGUCCGCACAACCUCCCUCCCAUCAACCUUCUUCCUUCCCGGCUUUUACAUGAGCAACCUCCCUGGCGGCAUGCUCCGCCAGACGCCUCCGGACAACGCCUGGGCCUUCAACUUCCCUGUUCCGGCCAGCUCGCCGAUCCCGUUCUUCGACCCGGCGGCUGACACGGGCAAGUUCGUCAAGGGCAUCGUGCUGAACCGCGAAAAGGUGCUGGGCAAGCGGAUCCUCGCGGCGACAGCGUACACGACGGCGGGCGAGGCAGUUGAGGUCUUCAAGAAGGUGUACCCGGAGGCAGGCAAGACGGCGCGGUACAACGAGAUCUCGCACGACGAUUUCCGUGGGGCGCUCAAGGGCCAAGGCAUGCCGGACUUCGCUGCGGAGGAGUUGCUGCAGAACAUGAGGCUGCUUAACGAGUUUGGAUACUACGGCGGCGAGAAGCUGGACGAGUCGCACGCGAUUGUGGAGGAUAAGCUGACGACAUGGGAGGACUAUGUGAAGAAGGCCAAGGCUUUUGCUGGGCUGCAGUGA